AUGAAGUCCUGGUUAGAUAACAUGGAGAAUUAUUUUAGGAAUAUAAGGAAUCUGAGGUUUACAAUACGGCUGGCACUUGUAUUAGCAUGCGUGACAGGCGUAUAUUUGGCCAGGUUACGAUUAUCAUUGCUGGUAAUUACGAUAUUGAUAUCAAUUACGUAUAUCCUUGCGUAUCUUAAUAAGACUGCUAAAUGUAAGAAAGUUUUAUCAGUGGUAAAACUUAAAAUGCAUGGAUCUAAAUGGACACAAUUUCAUAUUACAGGUAUUAAAAAAAUUUCAAAAGAUACAUCUAUAUAUACAUUCAAUGUACAAUAUCCAGAAGGAUCAUUACAUUUACCAUUAGGUCAUCAUAUACAAAUGAGAGCGAAGAUUAAUGAUAAAUAUGUGGUACGUUACUAUACUCCGAUUUUCCCAAAAGAAAGUACAAGAGAGUUACAACUUAUGGUGAAAACAUAUUCAAAUGGUACAAUGUCUAAAUACUUAUCUACUUUACAAAUAGGUCAGGCAGUAGAGAUUAGAGGACCGUUCGGAAAUCCAAAUUCAGAAAGUCAGUCGUACCCACUACAGAAGGAGAUAGAGGACUAUAGAAAGAGCCUUACAGAUGCUAAUCCUAAUGGUGAUGUAUUAACGCAACUGGGAAUAGUAGCUGGUGGAUCGGGUAUUACCCCUGUAUUACAAGUUCUACACGAAAUAGUAACAAACCCUUACCAUUUGGAAAAUAUUUCACUCAUAUAUGCAAAUGAAACAGUAGAUGAUAUCCUAUUGAAGAAUGAAUUAGAUGAAAUGGCCAAAAAACAUCCACAUUUUCAAAUACAUUAUGUGUUACAUCAUCCACCGAAGGGUUGGCAAGGUGAAAGAGGUUAUAUAACAAAGAGAAUGCUACAGAAAUAUUUACCUCAAUAUAACAAACAUCAUAAAAUGUUGGUAUGUGGCCCUCUGGAGAUGGAUGAGUUGGUACUACGGUUUAGUAAAGAACUGGGAUGGAACAAAGGCUUUCAAAAAUCUAAAAGUAAUGAUAAAGUGUUUGUGUUUUGA